UUCAAACCCAAAAAAGGGGAAAACACCCCGUGUUCGAAAUCCCCCGUGGCGUGGCUUUGCUCUCGCGUCGCGCACCUGCGCCGAAUUUCUCCGCCCCCGCUUUCGCCUCGUCGAUUCGUCGAACACCUCGCGAGCUUCCUCUCCUCCUCUGCAUCGCGAUCCCCCUCGCGUAGAUCUGGUGGGUCCCUGCUGCUUCUGGACCCUUCUAGAAGCUUCCGACGACGACGAGGUGGUGGGAGAGGUAGCCGCCGCGGGCGCGGGGUUGCUGCUGCUGCUGCUGCGGCGCUGGGGUUAGGGUUUGGGGAAACCCUAGGAUGGCGUCGUACCGGCCGUACGCGCCGCACCCGCCGCCGCCGCAGGGUGGGUUCCCGCCGCAGCCGCCGCCGAUGAACCCGUACGGGCCGCCGCCGCCGCAGCAGCCGGCGUACGGCCACAUGCCUCCGCCGCAGGGGGCGCCGCCGCCGUUCCUGGCCCCGCCGCCGCCGCCGCCACCGGGCCCGCCACCGCCGCACCAGCCGCAGUUCAACUUCGGCCCUGGUCCCCCGCAGCAACAGCAGCCGCCUCCGCCGCCGCAGAUGUACUACCAGCCGCCGCCGCCGCCGCCGCCGUACGGCGUGAACAGCAGCCAGCCGCCUCCUCCGCCCCCGCCGCCGCCGUCUCCUCCACCUUCGGCGCCACCCCCGCCUCCACCUCCUCCCACGCAGCCGCCUCCUAGGGAGGCCCAGCUUGCUCCGCCUCCACCGAGGGAGCAGCAGAGCAAGUCGGCGCUGCCAAGGGCGGAGACGGAGGAGGAGCGGCGUGCUCGGAAGAAGCGAGAGUACGAGAAGCAGCGGGCCGAGGAUCGGAAGAACCAGCAGAUGAUGCGGCAGUCACAGGCCACGGUUCUGCAGAAGACGCAGCAGGUGCGCGCCGCCCAGCAGCCGCAGAGCCGCCACCAUCAGCAGCCAUCGGGUGGGUCCCGGCCAGCGGUGACCGCGACUCGCCCCGCCGCAGCUCCCAACGCCGAGAGAUUUGAGAAUCGCCUCAAGAAGCCGACGACCUUCCUCUGCAAACACAAGUUUAGGAAUGAGCUGCCAGAUCCAAGCUCUCAGCUAAAAUGGUUGCCACUGAACAAGGAUAAGGACCGAUAUACCAAAUACAGAAUCACUUCAUUGGAGAAGAACUACAUACCCAAAAUGAUUGUCCCCGAGGAUCUCGGAAUACCUCUUGACCUACUUGAUAUGAGCGUAUAUAAUACUCCUCCUGUUCAGCCACCCAUGGCUCCAGAAGAUGAAGAGCUAUUGCGUGAUGAUGAGGUUCUCACCCCUGUUAAAAAAGAUGGUAUAAGGAAAAAAGAGAGGCCCACCGACAAGGGUAUGUCUUGGCUGGUCAAAACACAAUAUAUUUCGCCACUUAGCACCGAUGCAGCAAAAAUGUCCAUUACUGAAAAGCAAGCGAAGGAAAGGCGAGAAUCAAGGGAGGGCCGAAAUACUUUCUUGGAAAAUAUUAAUGACAGAGAGAAGCAAAUUAAAGCCAUUGAGGACUCCUUCAGGGCAGCUAAAUCACGCCCUGUUCACCAGACUAAACGUGGGAUGGAAGCAGAAUGGGUUCUGCCUUUGCUUCCUGAUUUUGAUAGGUAUGAUGAUCAGUUUGUUAUGGUGAAUUUUGAUGGAGAUCCUACUGCCGAUUCAGAGCAGUACAACAAGCUAGAGAGAUCUGAGCGUGAUGAAUGCGAAUCCCGGGCUGUGAUGAAAAGUUUUCUUGUCAAUGGUUCGGACCCUGCAAAACAAGAGAAAUUUUUAGCAUACAUGGUUCCAUCCCCCCAUGAGCUUAGCAAGGACUUGGAUGAUGAAACUGAAGAUAUUCAGUAUUCCUGGCUUAGGGAGUACCACUGGGAAGUAAGGGGGGAUGACAAAGAUGAUCCCACGACAUAUCUUGUCACAUUUGAUGACGAUGGUGCAAAAUAUUUGCCUCUUCCUACUAAGCUAGUAUUGCAGAAGAAAAAAGCAAAAGAAGGCAGAUCUGGGGAUGAAAUUGAGCAUUUCCCAGUGCCCUCCAGGAUUACUGUGAGCAGAACAGCUCAUGGUGGUAUGAUGGAACAUGGAGAAUCUUCUAGCAUGCAUGAGAAUUUGAAGAGACAAAGAUCUUCGGUUGAUGAUGAUCUCUAUGACCAUCCUAAGCAUUCUCGAGUAGAAGAUAUGGAUCAGUAUAGUGGAGACGAAUAUUCUGACUGAUCAAUAGAUAUAGAUGACCAUCAUCCUGCACCAACAAAUUUAAUCAGCACACAUGAAUCUCAAAGAUCUCAUAUUUAUGUGCUGUGGUGCCUUUAUAAGUGGUUAUAGGGUGCAGGGUGGACGAGAAAACAUACCUUGGUGCUUCUGGGCAAGAACUAAAUUUUGAAGUGCAGAGUAUGCAAAACAAGGCAGUGUAACUGGACCUAAAGACUUUGGUCUCAGUAGUGAUGGUGGAGGUCUCACCAUCAUUGUAAAGAAGUCUUGGGGUCAUUCUCAACUAUUUGUUUUGAUGAUAUAGACCACCAUUUUGCAUGUGUUUUUCGUUUCUCUCAAUUUGAUUGUGUAAGUACAACAAUUUAUUAAAGUUAGGACACUGGGCAGCUUGUUUUUGCUAGACAUUUCUCCUCCAGUCGACAGGAUGAUCCUCGUUGGAGGGCGAUGUAUUUAUGUACUAGGAGUGCUAAUGAGCAUCUGUUGAAGAUCAAGAGCAGUGUUACAGGCAGAGUAAAUUGUGGUUUUGCAAAUGGAAAUUGUGGUGUCACUGUGUCAAUUGUCAAAUUUAUUUUGGUGUAUCUUUUUUCAUUGAAGUAAAAAAGAAAAAGAAAGAGAACUGACUGCAA